CAGUCCGUGUGGAUUCGAAUUCGUCCAAGAUAGCCAUUCCAGGACUAACUUAUAAUUUUCCCACCCGUUUAGGGUUUAUCGGAGUGGUUUUCAAAAAAUUGGGUUUUUCCGGCGGCCAAAGGUUGGAGGGAGUGCGUUACUUUCGCUGAUCCUGGAUUGGGUCUCGGAAUGCCUGCAAAGAGCGAGAGAAAUCACUGAGGAAGAAGAAUAGCAAAAAUGGCGUUCAUACCCUUCUCCACGCCUCAGCAACAGCAACCUCUGCAGUUAUUCCAACCCCAAGCUCAGCAACAACAGCAGCAGCUUCAACAAGGUAGCCCAUUUCUUCAGCAGCAGCAGCAGCAACAACAGCAACAGCAGCAGCAACAACAGCAACAGCAGCUUCAACAGCAGCAGCACUAUCUCUUCACCAAUGAUAAAACUCCGGCGACCUACAGUACCAAAUGGGCCGAUCUUCAUCCUGAUUCCCAGAAAAUUCUCCUCCAGAUAGAGGAGAAGAUAAUGGAGUACAGAGAUGAAAGCCAGAGACUAGAUCAGUGUAGCCGCCUGUAUGACUCUUCGGUCUCCAGUGACGGAUUUGAGCUUGAUGCGAGUCAUUUAUUGCUGGAACUUGGGGGAAUAAGCACUGCAAUGGAAAGAGAGAAAGCUCUUCUGCAAGAACUGAUGGCUGUUGUGAAAGGCACCAUGAGAAACACAGAGUUUGCAGUUCGUUCGUUUAUGAUUCUCCGGCCUAGGUUCCUUCACGCAAAUGUGGGAGUUCCUUCAAAUGUUAUUGCCCCAGCACAAGCUCCAGGAGCUUCGGCAGCUCCAAAUUCAACUAGUCAACCAAUGUCUACCUCUAUAGUACCAAUUCUAGAUUUCUACAGCGGGCUUCCAAGAAGACCUUCUCCAUUUUUGCAGGACACAAUUGUCAGAUUUGAGAAGUAUCUUAGUGAGUGCCGUCAAUGGAUUGAAGAGUUAGAGCAGCUGCUUCUGUCAGAUGCUAAUGGGAAUUCUUCCGGUUUAGACUCAUCUUUAUUGCAGUCUCUACCUAAAGUUUUGUCCAAUGUGCAUGAUUUCUUUGUUCAUGUGGCUGCCAAGGUGGAGAGCCUUCAUCAGUACAUUGAGUCGAUGAAAAUGGCCUAUCUUGCUGACCAGCGACGCCGCGGUGAUGGGAAUGAUCCAUUUCUUGAGGCUGAUCGGCGAGAAACAGCCAAACAAGAAGCUGCUGCUAGGAGAGUUCAUCCGACAUUGCACUUACCGGCUAUUACGCAGCCAUCUACUCAAGGUGCAGGUUUAUUUGCAAGUUCUGCAACACUUGGGGCAUCAAGUGCUCCACAGCUGUCUGUUGGGACCUCAUUAGCUUCAUCUGGAGGUGGAUUCUCACUCACACCAUUUUCUACCGGGACAUCUUUGUCUUCACUGUUCACCACUCCGUCUGCAGCUGCUUCUGGAUCAUCUCUGUUUGGAUCUUCCACUGCUACCCCCCAGGCAUCAGUUUUUGGGUCUGCAUCAGGAUCUUUGUUUGCGUCCACCCCAAGUACAUUGUUUGGCACUGGUGCUUCAACGUUUGGUUCAGCCACUCCUGCUGGGAGUUCCGUCUUUGCAACACCAUCCUUUGCUUCAGCAGGUCCUACAACAGGAUCCGGUGCAAGCUUUGGGACUGCAUCUAGAUCCACAAAGCCAAAAUCCCGAACUACACGCCGCUAGCUAUCAAUUGAAGAUUUAUCAAACUGAAGCAGCUGAAGAACCCUUUCUCUGCUCCCCAAAGUGGAAGAAGAUGAGAAACCCAUCCAUGCUCUGGAAAAAUAGUAGACACAUCAUGGCCACUAUCAUCACUGUUAUUGAUCUUAAAAGCAGCUCUGCUCAUCUCUCCGAGGUGAUUGUCAUUGCAAAAUCGGUUGUCUCCAAUAGCCCAAUUUGUUUCUUGAUUUACUUUGCAGCUGCUAUAGAGUAACACAUAUUCCCAACCUUGUAUCUGAAUGGAUGUGCAAUGUCUAGGGACCAUGCUGAUGUAAAGGUGUAGAUUAGAAAUUGACUAGACAAUUAAUUGGGCAUACCUAGUGCGUGAGGCUCCUGCCAGUGUGGGUUUUGGGGAGGGUCAUAAUAUACACAGCCUUGCCUCUGCUUCAUGGAGAGGUUUCCUUACUCGAACCUGUGACCAUUUGGUCACAAUGGAGCAAUCUUGCGGUUGAUGUUCAAAUUGAGUAGGCUAUUCAGAAAACAGAAUCUUGUGAUUUUCUUUCAGCAAUAGCCAUGUAAAAUAAACUCUGGUUUCCGUUAGUGCUAAUUUCAUCAUUGAUCCUUCCCUGAA